AGCCAAAGUACAGAUAUACCCACAUACGAUAAUUAUAAGCUACAAAUUAUACAUUCGCUGACCAAUCUAGGAAAAAGGUGCACAAAUUCAUUUCUGAAAUUCGAAAUGUCGUAUUUAACGGACAUCUACCGUACCAAGACAGAAUUAGGUUCCUCUGAAUCCACUUUGAUGUGUUCUUAUUUUUCGGUCCAAUUAUCUCAUAUCUGCUUACUCCAGCUAUCCGGAUUGUCAGCGGAAAUUGGUAACUUCCUUGGUGAAAGAUUUGCUCGACUUCCGGUUAUGGCACUGAUUAUAGUGUGUUCCAUUUGUGCCGCUGCGUUGACCGAAUUUACUUCAAAUGCAGCAACAGCAUCCAUUCUACUCCCGAUUAUGUUCAGUCUCGUACUUCAUCCGUUCAUGCUUGCCUUUCCGGCCACCAUUGGUACGUCCUUUGCUUUCUCUCUGCCGGCUGCAACACCUCCGAAUUCAAUUGUGUUCGGCAAGGGACGGGUUCGUGUAAAAGACAUGGUAAGAUUAGCUCGCUUGGUCCUGAUUGUCCGUUGUUACAUUCCCUUGAUAGUUCAAGUAGGAAUUAAUGUAGUUUAUAACAGUUCUGUUUGUAAAACUUGA